UGGUGGUGGUGGUGGUGGCGGCGGCGCGGCGGUGGCGGCGAUGAUGAUGGUGGUAGAGGAUGAUGAUGAAUCUGUGUUUUUCUUAAUUUAAUUUAAUAGAGGGGUAAUUUAGACUCUCUAGACUUUUGUUUUGUAGCAAAUCUGAGGAGGACGUAGUGAUGGAGGACAUAGGGUUGUUUAAGCAAGGUUGGCAAUGGCUUCGUUUGCAGAAGGACGCGUGCUGGCGUGUCAGGACUGCGGUGACUUGUGGCAGAGACAAGACUGCUAUGUUUGUCGAGCGGCAUUGGCCUUUGGUGUGCAGUGGAUGCUCCAGAUUUUGGAGCUUAUUUAAAUUAUCAUUGAUAUUUUGGAAAGACUCUGCCCUUAGGGGGUUUCAGUCGUUUGUUAAGUUCGGAUCGGUGAUUCUUCUGCUUAUAAUGUGGAGCUGCUUCCUUAGUUUGACUUCGAUGCAUUGCUUAGUUUAUGUUCUUAUUAGUAUGGGUGCUGCUGGAGUUGCUGUUCAAUACUUGGGCUAUACUCCCGGGCUUUUUAUCGUAGGCCUCUUUGCCAUCCUUAUUUUGUGGAUGUAUGCUAACAUCUGGAUAACAGGAACAUUACUUGUAGUUGGAGGUUAUUUAUUCUCCCUAAAUCAUGCACGUUUGGUGGUAUUAAUUGGAGCUAUAUAUGCUCUAUAUAGUGUUCAAGUUCGAGUGGGAUGGCUGGGUGUUUUUCUCUCAAUAAACCUUGCCUUCCUCUCUAAUGACAUGUUGAAUUUUUUGCUCCAAUGGUUUGAUAAUCUGAGUGAAAGUUCACAUACUGAAGAGCAGAAGCAAUCAGAAACAGUUGUGGAAGAUGACUUCUCAGAAGAGUGUGAAUACUCUAUUCCUACAGAGGAAUCCGAGGAUUUGCAUUCAUGUAAAUCAUCAAGUAAACCUGCUAUUACCGCAGCAGUUGUUGAUAAGCAGAAAGGGCUUUCAACUAACAAAGUUGCCAAAGAGCAAACAGUAAGCUCAGCUGAUGAAAUGAAAAGGAUAUUGAAGAGUUUGGAUCAUUAUGAAGCCCUUGGAUUCCCCCGGCAUAAGAAGAUUGAUGGAGCGAUUCUGAAAAAGGAAUACCGGAAAAAGGCUAUGCUUGUGCAUCCUGAUAAAAAUAUGGGUAGUCCAUUGGCAAGUGAAUCGUUUAAGAAGCUUCAAUGCGCAUAUGAGGUUCUUUCUGAUACUGUGAAGAAGAGAGACUAUGAUGAGCAAUUGAGAAAAGAAGAAUCCAUGGCAAAAAGUGUCUGCCAGAAGUCUCAUGGUAGUUCACACCAGGAUAAUUCUGAUUAUCGCUCUGAAGAAUCCAGACGUAUACAGUGCACCAAAUGUGGGAAUUCACAUAUUUGGGUAUGCACCAGCAGGAGUAAGGCCAAAGCAAGAUGGUGUCAGGAUUGUUGCCAGUUUCACCAAGCCAAGGAUGGAGAUGGAUGGGUUGAAUAUAAAGGGUCUUUGGUAUUUGACAGGGCUCAAAAGAUGGAGAUUCCACGUGCUUUUGUGUGCGCGGAGAGCAAAAUUUUUGAUGUGUCAGAAUGGGCUAUAUGUCAGGGAAUGGCUUGUAGGCCCAACACUCAUCGGCCGAGUUUCCAUGUAAACAUGGUUGGCCUGGAGAAAAGCCAACGCAGCAACUCGAGCAGAUUCCCAUGGGACUUGGAUGCUGAGAUGAUGACAGAUGAAGAUGAAGAGGCAUUUGACCUGUGGCUUCAGCAAGCUCUAGCAUCCGGUCUCUUCUGUGAAACCUCCAAGCGCAGGAAGAGUUGGAGUCCGUUCAAGUUGCCUCAGAAGAAGGGGAAAAAGCAAUGGCGAAGAACAUCUUGCUGAUGCUGCAAACACAUCCUGCAAGGGAACUCAAUAGGCUAUUGUUGCCUAUCCCCAAGGGAAUUGAUGCGGUUAACAACACUCAGUAAAGAGCAUGGUGCCUUGUUGAAGAUUGAUGAUAGCCUUUGGUUAGAAUUGUCAGGGCAGGGUUGAGAACCACACAACUCAAAUCCCUGUAUACUAAGGGUACAUUAAAAAGGUGGGGUCGACCAUGGUUUCUUUGGUGGUUUCCCUCUUUUGUUGAACUGGUCCUUCAUGUGUUGCAAAACAGCUUAAUGUUGUGCCUUGUUCCAUUAUGUUUUUGGAAGAUGUGGUCUUAAGAGGGUAACCAGGGACCUAACUUUUCGGUCCUUUUUGUACAUAUAUGUUAAUAAAAAAUUUCACAUAUGACUCUUGACUAGAAUUCAUAUUUUAGUUAUAACCUGUAAUGACUAAUGAGUUAUGAAGCAUCAACUAACCAAUCACUCUUUAAUUAUUGACUA